CGGUUUGAGGGAAAGCUGCAGCAGCGGCGGCUCGGUGUGCAGGGCCGGCCCCGGGAUGCCGCCCUCUCCAACCCGUUAACUGCAGCAUCUGGGAUAUGGACCAGGGGCUGCGCAGGGCUUCGGCCGCCUGCAUCCUCCUCAUUCUGGGGAUCGGGCUGCAGCACAACUCGCAGGCGGCAGAUGUGAUAUUCUUCAAUCAAUCAUUUGGCCCUUUCUUUCUGCAAGACAGUCAACUUCAAUUACAAACCAAAAAUACACAGAAGCCAGCUGCUGAAAGUUUCCCAGUGACUCCUCCCUCAACUGAAUCACACCCCCCUGAAAUUUCUAGUUUCCAAUCUCUAUUAAUUAAAGGAGUUGAACAAGUUACAACUGAAGUUGCGGUUAGAGAAGAAGACCUAAGUAUGAUCCAUAGUGAAAAACCAACCUCAUCAGGCACCGAAUCCCCUAUUUUGUAUAGUUCAGUAAAUACAAAUGAGGCAUCAGAAAUAAGUGCACAGAAUUCUGAGAUUGAAAAAUCUUUGGUUAAUCAAACUGGACCACCUUCCUCUGUGUCUGCUGAAAUACCACCCAUCUCAGAAGAUGAGUAUUGCAUAGAAACAGAGAUCUAUACAUUAUCAGAAGAUUUACCAGUAUCAACAACACAAAGUGAAUUUUUAAUAUCAAGUUCAGUAGUUUGGAACUCAAAGAUGGAAAGUUCUAUGGUGACAUUACAGCCAUCUUUGAUUUCUCAAUUUGGCAUCAGCGAAGAACAUACAUUAGAGGUUUUCAGUGGUCAGAAUAGACCUUCAUCAGAAAUAGCUAAUUUGCAGAGUUCAUAUUUACAAAGCAAAAUUAAUUCAGAGGAUGCCACCACCAUUGCAACCAGGAAGGCUUUGCAAAGUGUAUUUCUUAAUAUAGGGCUGUCUGCAGCUAAUGAAUUGAGCACCAGCCCAUAUAGUACUCCAUUUUCAACAGCUGUUGAGUUACCUUAUUUGGAAUAUGGAGUAUUUAGUAGUGAAGAUUUUGAUUUUCCAGCAACCAGCCCGUUGAUGAAAAAUUAUGAAAGUACCAUGGCAGCAUAUUCAACCCCAGUGCCUACUCUUACACUUUAUAAUGACCAAACACUGAUCCUAUCCUCUCAUGUUGUUUCCACUGACCUCAUGAAAAAUGACUUGGAUAGCAUAACAUUUAAACCCGUUGAGUCCAGUGGAUACAGUUUGCAUAGCAGCUUGUUCUCUGAGAAAGAACAUUUUGAAGAGUCUGCCACUGAGGAAUUGUAUGGUCUCUACUCAUCAAUGUUUCCAUUGUCUUCUACGCAUGGAGAAGGUUUUGUUCCAUCCUUGGAUUUCACAAGCCUUGUUGACACUAGUCUUAUUGGAAAUCCAGCAACUACUCAUUUACAUGUAUACAAUACUGAUUUGGAAACAAACAUUUUUUUUGUGUUAGACUCCUCAGUUUACAUGCCCUCUCUUACAGAGAUUGUUUCUGCCACAACCUUUGUUGAUUUUGAUUCAGAUCCAAGCACAUCAAUACAUAUAGCAGCAUCAAAAACAUUUACUGAACAUUCUUUUUCCACAUCUAUGAACACAGUGGAAGCAGCUGCUUUUGUGCCAACAGAAUCUGUGCUGUAUUUUAGCCAGUCUUUGAUUCCAUUAGAAGAAUCUGAGAAUAUUAACCAUCAUUUAUCAAUGAUGUUUACUCUUGAACCAAGCAUCCCAUUGCCUUCAUUGUCUGAAGAUGGACUACUUUCUUCUUCAAAAUCUAGUGAAUCGUCAGUGCUUUUAUCUCAGGGUUCUUCUAUUAUACUUGCAACAUCUGAACUGUUUCUCAAUAGCUCAUUGCUGGAACCUAGUUUUUCACCAACUUCAGAAAGCAUACGUUUUGAGGGCUCAGGGCUCAUGCCGUGGCAGACCUCAAAUAACUAUCUAGCUGCCUCUCUCUCUCCAGUUUCAAGGAUUGAUGAGUUUGAAGAAAACUCAAGUGUCUUCUCACAGCCAGCUGAGCUGUGGGAACAAACAACUGCCCUCCAGUCAGAGACUGACAUUCUAUAUACCUCAAGUUUCAGUGGUGCUACAUCUCCUCUGAUGCCUUUAUCCACACCUACUUCAUUUACAUUUCCUAUAACAGAAUUAUCCGCCUACUCUUUAGAUUCUAAUGAUUAUAGCACUACUUUGGUUGAAGAAACUAUUGAACUAUCCUUUGCAUUUUCUCAUUCUCUGAUGCUGGAUUUAGCCACCACCAUGUCAUCAUUUUUCGAAACGAGUACUCAUACUGUUGUUCUUCCAGAGAGCACAUUGCCAAUUCCUACCAUUACCCCAGCUGAAAACUUAAGUGAAUUUCCCACUGGAAGCAUUAUCCCUUCUACUUCACUUUCUGAGCCUAAUUAUAUGUUGUCCACACCUUUAAUUCCAACUUCUCCAACCAAUAUAACUGAUGACGCAAGUAGCAUAUUCAGUACAGUAGCUCCAGAAGCAACCAAAGACUCCAAUUUUACUACAACAGAUGCAACAUGGAUAGCAAAUCCUGAAAUAACUACAACAGCUAAUGCAUCAUGGACAAUGAUUUCAGAUGUAACAUCUAACACCAGUUCUACAACAGCUAAUGCUUUGUGGACAUUGUCAGUAGAGGUAACAACAAAUAAUAGUGUGGUAACAGUAAUUCCGGAAACAAAUGUUAAUAUCACAACUGAAAAGAUGGGGUGGACAGAAGCUUCAGAGACAGUCACAAACACCAGCAUCAUAACUGCUACUAUAAUGAGGACAGUAACCCCAGCGAUCAUCACAACAUCCAAUACAGUAGGAACAGUGACUCGAGAGGCAACUACAGCACAUACUAUUAAUGAAGAAACAACAGCAAUAACUACUGAAAACCUUACAGCUGCCAGCACACAAAGCUCUUCCACUCAGUCUGUACCCAUCACACCUCCAUCAGGCCUUACAGCUGCUACGUCUCCAACCACAACCAGACAAACACUUGUGUGCGAUGUUUCUAAUCCAGAGCCUUAUCUCGUUACUGCAGUACUUUUCCGAGGAUCCAACAUUGAGAAUGCCAUUGAAUCCAUCAAGCAAAUGCUAACGCAGCAGUUUAAUCGCUCUGUAGAGCUAGAGGUUUAUACUUUAUCACAAAGACUGUCCUUUAUUAUCACCUCGGGGCCCUUGGUUUACACAGCGAUAGCCGUAUGUAAAUGCUCUGACUGGCAGCAGCCUCCUUUUGGGCUACUCACCCCUCAUUCGCUCCAUAGAGACUGCUCUUUACUAGGCCUGGAUCAGAAGUUUCACAUACAAACAGUUCUGCAGUUUGUCCCUCGCUCUGUUGACAUCAGACUGUGCACGUUUAGUGAUCAGAUUCAGAGGGGGCUGAGUAUGGCCUUGUAUGAAGUGAGGAGAUUGCGCCAAGAAGAUGACAACUUCUCUGUACAGAUAGUGAAUAUUACUCUCCAGCACGUCUCGAGAUUAUUUUGGAAGGCACCGGUAACGGUCUCCUAUGCCGUUAAGGAACGGAAUAGCUUCCUGAAUGGCUCGGAAGUCAGUGAGCAGCUGAGGAACUUAAGCCUGGUGGAGUUUAGCUCUCUCCUGGGUUAUCCAGUGAAACAAAUUGCAGAACCUUCACGUUACCCCCAGCUCAAUGUGUCCCCACUGCUCAAGGAGUCUUGGCUCCGGACAGUUCUUCUUGGUGUGAUGGAGCCAAAGUUCAGAGAUGAAGCAUUUCAGGCCGAGAUGGAAAGGAAGCUGGCUCAGCUUAUUAUCGAGGCUACAGCACGAAAACGCAGGUGGAAGCGAGCGAGUGUUGCAGGGGGCAACACUGUCCAGGUUGUGAACAUCACCCGCCUAGAUGGUUCUGACGAUCCUGUGCAGCUGAUCUAUUUUAUAGAGGAUCAGUAUGGAGAGCGGCUUUCUGCAGCCCGAGCAUCGGAUCUGAUCAAUGAGGUGAACAUACAGCGAGCAGCUAUCAUCCUGGGAUAUCGCGUACAGGGAGCUGUGUCUCAGCCCCUAGACCAGCCGCUGGAGUCUGACCAACAGGCCCAGAACCUCUGGAUCAUUGUGGGUGUGGCAGUACCAGUUCUGUUGGUCACAGUGAUCAUUGUUAUCCUCUACUGGAAACUCUGCAGGUCAGAUAAACUGGACUUUCAACCGGAUACCAUGAGCAACUUACAGCAACGACAAAAGCUGCAGGCACCAAGCGUCAAGGGAUUUGACUUUGCAAAGCAGCACUUGGGACAGCACAAUAAAGAUGAAGUCCUCGUUGUCCAUGAACCCCCCCCACCAGUUCUGCAUGGACCACUGAAGGAUUCCACACCCUCCGAAAAUGGAGAUGUCCCAACACCAAAGUCCAAAAGCUCAUCAAAGCCUCCUAAAGUUGGAAGACACCGUGGGAGCAGAGUUACCCCCUCAGACGCAGGAUCUAGCGCCAGUGACGCAUCUAGUGGUAAAGAGUCUGCAGGAGAAGGGUCACCAAGACCCUCAGCUCCUCCUCGUGAAACUAAACCUCGGUCCUCCAUCAAUCGAGAUCUUCCUGCAAUAAUUACUGGUAAUGAACAGCACUCCUCCGCCUCCAUAUUUGAGCACGUUGACAGGAUAUCCCGCUCCUCUGAAGCCAGCAGGCGCUUUCCAAGCAAGAUCCAACUCAUAGCUAUGCAGCCCAUUACAGCACCACCCAUGCAUGGCCUAUCAAUGUCUGAGCGAGAGAUGGAAGCUAACAAGAUCAAUAGGGAGAUUCAGACGACACUACGACACAAAUCAGAGAUUGAACAUCACCGGAAUAAGAUCCGUCUUCGUGCCAAACGCAAAGGCCAUUAUGAGUUUCCUUUGGUUGAUGUGGUAGGAAUGACUGAUACUAAAGAGAGGCAGCGCAUGUAUCGUAAAGUGCAGAUGCAGUUUGAUAAGAUCCUGGACCCAGGUUCUGGUAUUCCUACUGUGUUUAUUGAACCAAGAAGGAGUUCCCGAACACGACGCUCUCCCAAGCAACGGCGCAGACAACAAGGAUCCGGAAGCCCUUCAGACGCAGAUAGAGACCGUCUAAUUAACACUGACAGUGAUGGAACUUACAAGAGACCCCCUGGAGUCAGUAACUCGGCUUAUGUGUCUGACCCAGAUCUCCCAUCUGAUAAUCCAACUCCAGUCUCUGACCUGGGGAAAUUUCCUGGUUCCUCCUUACGAGCUCCUCCUGCUCAGUAUGUGGCCCCCCAACCUUCCAUUGAAGAAGUGAGGCAAACCAUGCAGUCUCUAUUGGACGAUGCCUUUGCACUGGUGGCUCCCAGCAGCCAGACAGCUGGGGGUACAGGAGGAGGACAAACUGGAGGAAGCUCAGGGCCUAUAAGCAGCUCCACUGCUCGUACUGGACGUGGCACUGCACCAUGGAGUAGCGCAUACCCUCAACAAACCACUCACUUUAAUAGGUUCACUGACUAUGGGAUGACUCAAGCUUCGGCUCCCAGCCAUAUGACCAGAAGCCCCGGGUUUGGGUCUGGAUUCCUACCCCCUGGAGAAAUUGCACAGACAGAGGCUGAGCAGGCUGAGUCCCAGUACAACACCAGGGGAAUGUACUCUGAGGAAAUAGCUUCAGUAGCAAGACCACGCCCCCUAGGCAGUACAUCAGGUUCUUCCCAGAUCCACCAACUUGCCCAGGUGGGCAUUGCCAGUAGGAUGGGAGCUCAGACAGAGAUGCCUCCUAGUAGGGUUGGACAAGCACCAACAGCAGGGACUGGCUGGUCCCAGUACUGCCACCCUGAUGAAGAAGUCUCCCGGAAUGUACAUCACAGAGAUCCUGGUCACUCACAUGGAUCCCAGGACUAUGGAGCACCCCAGAUGUUCCCUUUAAACAGAGCACCUGCCCGGCAGCCUGGGAACAACACUCAUGUCCCGCCUCCUAUCUGUUACCCAUCUGGCUCAGCCGAGGAUCUUCAUCCAGGCCAUUCUUCAGCAUCCCUCAUUAAGGCCAUUCGUGAAGAGCUUCUACGCCUCUCCCAGAAACAUGCUGUAGUUCCCACCUACCAUAGUUGAUGGAGGCUUUGUAUGACUGGCAUUACGUCUGCUUCCUAUGGAAGCCAUAGGGGCUGAGAGAAUCUGAAGAUGUCAUAGCACUGUAUGAAAAGAGCAUUGAAGAAAAAACUUUUUUUUUUUUUUAAACCAGUACAGAAUGAUGGGUCAGCAGUAUAUUGUAGAGCAAAGCAAUGCAGUUUGUUCCAUUGCUAAAUGAUAGUGUUCUGACUUGAGUUACUGACUACCACUGUAUAUAACACUAUCAUUGGCAUAUACCUGGGCAUAAAUUACUCACACACUGGAAUGAGACUUGAAAAGAACCAGUGGGGAGAAGAAUCAUCUCAACAUAAUAAUUGAGGAUACAGAUAAAACUUAAGCUUGAGGGCUCUGGGUCGUAAUUCCCACUUCAUCUCAGGCCUGCACUAGCCGCAGAUUCCAACAGCACUAAUGGGGUUAAUAUCUCUCUCUGCUUUCAGGAAUUGAUUGUAGCAUAAGGUAGAGGGACUCCAAUGUCUCAGCACCCAAGACCUUGUAACCACAAAGUGCCAUAUAUAAAGCUCAGUACCAGCAAUAAUUUUAUCGCUAGGCCCCUGUAUGUAGUCCAAAGUUUGAGAAUACUUUGGAAAAGGGCCCCUGACUGAGAGAUGACACUUUAGUAAUUCUUGGGUGACUUGUGAGAGCAUGAUAUGUCUGUGUAGUGAAAGGAAGCAGAAAGUGUUGAGUGACUGAUCUAUGAAGCUGAGAAUGGAAAAUAAAGGGAAAUUAUUAAUCAGUUUUAGAAAGAGCAUGUAGGAAUGGACACUCUUCUUUAGCAAAAUAAAUACUGUAGCUCCUGUAUCCAA